AUGGCUUCUGCAGCUAUUCAACUUCCCGGCCCUCAAGGCUCUCUGCUCUCAGAAAAGCUCCGAGUCCCUAUCUCCGAAAAGCCUCACCAUGUCCAGACUACACUCAACUUCUACAAAGCGAAUGAGGAUGGCUCUCCCCCCGAACCAUCGUAUGUUGGUAAACCAGAAACUUACGACCGACCUACGCAUCCUCUCUCUACCACUAUCCACGACAUCAGCGGCCAUGAGCUUGACUACAAGCUAGACAGCCAUGGAUUCCAGCUUUAUUACCACGAAAGCCAAGAGAAGGACUUCCUAGACGACGAGAAGAUCAAGAGAGAAUACUACCCGGAAACAGAACAGCUGCUCAAAGACGCCACUGGUGCCUCUCGAAUCUUCAUCUUCGACCACACUAUCCGCCGAGCGCCAAAAGACAAAUCUAUCGGUGCCCAGCUCCGAGGACCCGUGCAGCGCGUGCACAUCGAUCAAUCCUACAGCGCGUCCAAGAACAGAGUCUCCUUCCAUCUCCCAGAGGAGGCACCCGAGCUUCUCAAGGGCCGAUACCAGAUCAUCAACGUUUGGCGUCCGAUCAAAACCAUCCUGAAGGACCCGCUAGCUGUAGCGGAUGCACACUCAGUCCCGGAUAGUGACCUCGUGCCCAUCGGGCUUAUAUACCCGGACCGCGAGGGCGAGACAUACUCUGUCAAGCCGGAUCCUAAUAUCAAGUGGUAUUACCGAUAUGGACAGACUCCGGACUUGGUGACACUUAUCAAAUGCUUUGAUUCUAAGGUUGAUGGAAGAGCUCGGCGUGUGCCGCAUACUGCUUUUGUUAACCCGGAAACGGAGCAUGAGGAGGGAAGAGAGAGUAUUGAAGUGCGGGCAUUGGUUUUCCAUCCUGAUGACCGUGAUUAG